AUGAGGAUCUUUUUGACCGGUGGUUCUGGCUUUCUAGGAACCUCCUUUAUAAAUUACAUAUUAACCCACGAGGAUAGCUCUCAAAUUAAAACAUUAUCAAGAUCCAGUAUUUCAGAUGAAAAAAUCCUCAAUGCUUGUAAGGGCAUCGAGGAUGGUAAAGAUAGAAUCAAAAUUAUUCGAGGAAGUACUCAUGAUGAGGACGCAAUUAAGGAGGGAUUAAAUGGAGUUGACAUUGUCAUUCACAUGGCGGCAAAGGUUCAACCGUGGGGAAUCUAUGAAGAAUUUCAAAAGAAUAACGUCGAAGGAACGCGUCGCUUACUCUCAAUUAUCGAGUCCAUGCCGCAUAAGCCACGUUUAAUUUACACUUCUUCAUUCACCGCCCUCAUAAACCGACAUUUCUCCGAAGACACCAUUCCAGACUGGGCUCCUUAUUCGAAAUCAAAGUUCAACAGCGAAUAUCUUGUCCGAAAAUCCUCUCUCACGGAUGUAAUUAUUCUUAGAUUGGGUUGGCUAUGGGGUAAAAAUGAUAGUGUACUAUUGCCUAAACUAUAUAGCCUUUGUAUGAACCCCGCGUGGAAGGUCACUCCCGCUAGUUAUCCCCUCUCGACUCUGCACAUUGAUAACGCCUGUGAGUCGAUCUAUCUUGCUUGCAAAAUUUCGAAAGAUCAGGUCUCUGCUGACACCACCACCACUGGUGACACAACACCACCAAAGAAAGUCUACGAGAUUGAAGAUCCUGAAGGAGAAAUCGAAAUGGAAGAUUUCGUUGAAUCAUAUGUUGGAACUGCGUAUAAUAUAAAACCUCCAAGACCCUUCAAAAAUUUUAGAUUACCUAGGUGGCUGGUUUGGGGGACGAUCACCGCCGUCGAGUGGAUACCAUUUCUUGGAUAUGGUAGGAAAUGGGUGAUGGAAGGAAUGAGCAGGGAACCUCUGCUCUGUCUGUUUAAAGAUUACAGAUUGCAAACUGAAAGCGCUGUUAAAGAACUUGGAUAUGUUGGCAAAGUGUCUAGGAAACAAGGGUUAGCUGAAUUGGCGGCUGAACUCGAGGUCGGAGCACCUCGGUGA